CUCCGCAGCCGCCCGCGACUCGGGAUAAAGAGCGGCCGGGACCUGCGCGCUCGCCCAGCCGAGGCUCCAGCGGCGCAGCCGCGCUCCAGGUUCGUGAGUGGAGCCCAGCCUUAUAUGGACUGAUCGCUCGGGCAAUGGCCCAUUUUUUCCUCGCCACCAGCCGCCACCGCGCGCCGAGCGGCCGCCGGAGCCCGAGCUGACGCCGCCUUGGCACCCCUCCUGGAGUUAGAAACUAAGGCCGGGGCCCGCGGCGCUGGGCGCGCAGGCCGCCCAGCUUCCUGCGUCCAUUUCCGCGUGCUUUCAAAGAAGACAGAGAGAGGCACUGGGUUGGGCUUCAUUUUUUUCCUCCCCAUCCCCAGUUUCUUUCUCUUUUUAAAAAUAAUAAUUAUCCCAAUAAUUAAAGCCAAUUCCCCCCUCCCCUCCCCCAGUCCCUCCCCCCAACUCCCCCCUCCCCCGCCCGCCGGGGCAGGGGAGCGCCACGAAUUGACCAAGUGAAGCUACAACUUUGCGACAUAAAUUUUGGGGUCUCGAACCAUGUCGCUGACCAACACAAAGACGGGGUUUUCGGUCAAGGACAUCUUAGACCUGCCGGACACCAACGAUGAGGAGGGCUCUGUGGCCGAAGGUCCGGAGGAAGAGAACGAGGGGCCCGAGCCAGCCAAGAGGGCCGGGCCGCUGGGGCAGGGCGCCCUGGACGCGGUGCAGAGCCUGCCCCUGAAGAACCCCUUCUACGACAGCAGCGACAACCCGUACACGCGCUGGCUGGCCAGCACCGAGGGCCUUCAGUAUUCCCUGCACGGUCUGGCUGCCGGCGCGCCCCCUCAGGACUCAAGCUCCAAGUCCCCGGAGCCCUCGGCCGACGAGUCACCGGACAAUGACAAGGAGACCCCGGGCGGCGGGGGGGACGCCGGCAAGAAGCGAAAGCGGCGAGUGCUUUUCUCCAAGGCGCAGACCUACGAGCUGGAGCGGCGCUUUCGGCAGCAGCGGUACCUGUCGGCGCCCGAGCGCGAACACCUGGCCAGCCUCAUCCGCCUCACGCCCACGCAGGUCAAGAUCUGGUUCCAGAACCACCGCUACAAGAUGAAGCGCGCCCGGGCCGAGAAAGGUAUGGAGGUGACGCCCCUGCCCUCGCCGCGCCGGGUGGCCGUGCCCGUCUUGGUCAGGGACGGCAAACCAUGUCACGCGCUCAAAGCCCAGGACCUGGCAGCCGCCACCUUCCAGGCGGGCAUUCCCUUUUCUGCCUACAGCGCGCAGUCGCUGCAGCACAUGCAGUACAACGCCCAGUACAGCUCGGCCAGCACCCCCCAGUACCCGACAGCACACCCCCUGGUCCAGGCCCAGCAGUGGACUUGGUGAGCGCCGCCCCAACGAGACUCGCGGCCCCAGGCCCAGGCCCCACCCCGGCGGCGGUGGCGGCGAGGAGGCCUCGGUCCUUAUGGUGGUUAUUAUUAUUAUUAUAAUUAUUAUUAUGGAGUCGAGUUGACUCUCGGCUCCACUAGGGAGGCGCCGGGAGGUUGCCUGCGUCUCCUUGGAGUGGCAGAUUCCACCCACCCAGCUCUGCCCAUGCCUCUCCUUCUGAACCUUUGGAGGGGGCUGAACUCUACGCCGUGUUUACAGAAUGUUUGCGCAGCUUCGCUUCUUUGCCUCUCCCCGGGGGGACCAAACCGUCCCAGCGUUAAUGUCGUCACUUGAAAACGAGAAAAAGACCGACCCCCCCACCCCUGCUUUCGUGCAUUUUGUAAAAUAUGUUUGUGUGAGUAGCGAUAUUGUCAGCCGUCUUCUAAAGCAAGUGGAGAACACUUUAAAAAUAUAGAGAAUUUCUUCCUUUUUUUAAAAAAAAUAAGAAAAUGCUAAAUAUUUAUGGCCAUGUAAACGUUCUGACAACUGGUGGCAGAUUUCGCUUUUCGUUGUAAAUAUCGGUGGUGAUUGUUGCCAAAAUGACCUUCAGGACCGGCCUGUUUCC